AGCCUGCCAUUUAGGCUGAGUGAAAUAUUUUACACAGCAAAAGCAUUUUAAAAAGUCUAAAGUGUGACAAACUAUUCAUCUGGAACUUCUGCCACAAAAGUCUUGGAUACCCAGGCUAAGCUAUGUGGGAUGCACUGAAAAUCCAUUAGGCAGGUAUGAAGUGAUGCUGGUUGCUAAGAUAUUGGAUAUUUGUCACAACAAGAUGAUAUGAACAGGAACACACAAGUGCCACUCACCACUAAAUGCUUUGUGAAUCACAGAGAUGUCAAUGCAGAAGCAGCUGUCUGUACGAGAAUGCCACAGUCGCCCCAUUACAGCACUUGGAUACCAUGCAGCACGCAGAGAGUUUCUAACAGGCUGUGAAGAUGGAGUUAUCAAAUGGUGGGAUUUGGAGACAGGGCAGAUGACUGCUUCUGUGUCAGAACAUUCUGGAAUGAUUACUUCCUUUCUGUACUGGGCUGUCCAAAAACUACUUCUGUCUUCUUCUAAUGAUGAAACAGUUCUGGUUUGGUCAGUUGGAGCUACACUGUUGGAUAGAAUUAUGACAGGAAGUCCUGUGUUCUCUAUGGCAAUUAACUUCAGGCGUAACCAUCUGAUAUGUGGCUUAAAAAGGAGUGUGUCAGUCUUUUCUCUGGACUUGCUGAAGCAAUCUGACAAAGUUAUUAACAGUAAAGGGGCCUACAACGAUUUUCAUCAUAAGGAUGUUGUCUCCUGUGUGGUGUGCCUAGAUACACGGAUCUACACUGCGGGGUAUGAUCGACACUUGAUCAUUUUUGAGACAUCCUCCUACCCCCAAAGUCAAGCCCUCACAGUAGUGUCGUGCAACCCUCGAGCACAUGACGCUGGAAUAACAGACAUGCUACUUGUGCGAGAACGGGAUAACACACGGUUGCUGACAGGGUCCUUUGACAAGACAGUACGAGUGUGGUCUCAAGAUGGACAGAUGGUACAGAAGUUGAGCAUUUUCUCUAAUGUCAUCACUGGAUUAUGUUAUGUGCCUCCAACGGGACUUGUCUGGAUAGCAAGUGGGGAUCCCCAUCCAGCAGUAUUUGAUGCAAAAUCUGGAGAAAUUGUAUCAAACUUUAUUGAUGGUGUAUAUGACAGUGGCUUUUCUCAGCUACAGAGACUCUCCUGCCUGCCAGACUCUGGACAUGUGAUUGGUUCAGAUGGCUAUCGUCAAGUAACAGUUUGGAAAUACAAGAAGGCAGGAUGCAGCAGUGUUUUGCAUGGAGAUCAACCUAUGGAAUGCCUGUCAUACACCCAGAAAGCACCCAUCUUGCUUUUUACUGGCCAUAGUGAUGGCACUUUUGUGAAAUGGGAGAGAAGACACUUCUCACGGCAUACUUACAGCAAGGAAUCAUUCAGAAUAAAAGAAAGGAAUACACUGUCAAGGCAGAAACGUGCAUAUACAGCAAGACCAAGCAAGAGAUACUUUAAUGAACACAAAAAGAAACAAGUACCAAGUUACCAGAUCCUAGACCAGCUAGAACACCGUCCUUCCACAGCAGUGCAAAAGAAUAAGGCUGCUACCAGGCUUGUCAGAUGCCUUUUUGUGGAAGAAUUGGAUUUGCUAGUUCUGUCAUCAGAAGAUGGUAACAUUUAUGUGUGGGGCUUUGAUGACUUCCUCGCCAGUACGUUUCGUAAACUGGAAGCAAAAAUUGCACAGUGGGAGAACACAGAGAAACCUGAUUUCUGGUCAGACAGACUACUAGAUGCAGUAAGCUCUUCAGAUGCAGAAAUGGAUGAAAAGAAUGCUUCCAGCUCAGCUUCAAAAAGAUUAUCAGGUUUUAUCUGUAAAAAAGUUCUGGCCGGACACUUCCAAAGUGUAACUGGGCUUGUAGUGAUUGGAAAAGAUUGCGGAUUCAACACCAUCUACUUGCUGAGUGGAGGCUGGGACUGCAGACUAUGCAUCUGGGAUCUUGAACAAGGCAUUCAACAAGACACCUUCCACAAUGCUGACCUUGAAGGAUGGAAUGAGCUGAGGGAGGUAGCCUGUGAUGGAGCCAUUUUGGACUUGGCCUACUCCCCAAAAAGGAAUGAGUUUGCCUACUCUUCAACAGAUGGCCUAAUUUAUGUGAGGCACUUCAGUCCUGUUGGCCAUGAGAUGAGGUUACUUAAUGUGUUGCAAGGACAUGAGGCGGAGGUAUCCUGCAUCAUCUGGCACCCCCUGGUGGACAGGUGGGUGAGUGGUUCAGAAGAUGGAACAAUUCGUGUCUGGAGUGAAGAUGGAAUGACGUGUGAACAGGUUUUAGAUGUUAAAGGAGGUAUCACCUGCCUUAACAUUGAUAAAGUCAAUGGUUGCAUCAUAGCUGGAAGCAACAAUACUCUCUGGGUCUACGAUACUGAGUCCUAUCAUUUGGUGCAAAGACAUACAGGUCAUACUGACUCUAUUCGCUCAGUAAUUCACAUCCCGAGGAAGAAGCAGUACAUGUCUGCAUCUUGGGAUUGCACUGUGAGAAUAUGGAAUGCCUACAGCAAGGUGUUGGGAUAGGACUGUAGGAGUAAACAUCCCUGUAAGAAAGAAUCAAGGAAGAGAAGUAGAGUUUUGGAAUAUCUGUACAACAAAUGCACUUACAAUAUGUACUGCUUAUUAAAAUGUUAUAACAUGUUCGGUAGCCUUUGCGCAAUGUUGAAACGUUCACAUUACUUGGACUAAUGUAACAAUGAUGUCUUGUCAUAUAACUGUAAGCAAAGUGUUACUGAUUUUUAAAGGCAGCUGUGCUGCUUAUCUAUACAUAUAAAAGUUAUAUCUGCAAAAUGCAAUGUUUUGUAAAUGAUUAUCACCGAAUAAUCUUCUAAAACCCUCCCCCCAAAAAAUGCACCUUUCCCAUAAUAUCCUGUUUAAUGAGCACAAAUGUAUACUCAGCUUUGCCUUCAUCACAUUUCCUUUCCAUAGAAAGGGUCACAGAAUGGAGUCAUGUGAAUGCUGUAACUAUUUUUAGUGUUGUACAAAACUGAAGGCAGCCAUUUGGAAAUAGAAGCCAUCUUUUGUUAUACUCCUUGUCCCACAAUUUAUUAUGCAAGCAAAAGGACACACACA